AUGGCGCCUGUGGUUGCAUAUCGACAAGAACGUCGUGGGGAUAAGAGUGGCACUCAGCCGAAGGGAAAUGAUGCCAAGCCUGGUGGUGUCGAUGGAGAGAGCAGUGGUGAAGGAGAGGUUAGGCCGGGGCAUCGAAGGAAGCGAUUGACAAGAGAGGAGAGGAAGAUGAAAAGACAGCGCAAGAGCAAGUCGUAG